AUGACCAUGCAGUCUUCGCGGCGAACAUGGUCACACGAAACCACGGAUCAACACUAUGGUGAUGACUGGCCAACCGACGAUGAAUCUCAGGAGGGUGAAGAUGUAACUCCAGAACGCAAACACAGAUCCGGCUCUUUUGCGACUGGUCGUGAUCGAGCCCUCAGUCGCGCAAUCUCCCGGCAUGAAACCGUCCUCUCUCGAUUCAGGACUCGACAACCAAUUGGCAACUUUUCUCACCCACUGGAGACCCAAAAGACUUCUAUUGACGACCUGGUUGAUUUCGAUGGCGAUGACGACCCAUACCGUCCAGUCAAUUGGACCAUGAAGAAGAAAAUUAUCACCACCGCAAUGUACAGUUUCACUACCAUGUCCGCUAGCUGGGCCAGCAGCGCGUUCAGUCCUGGAACCGCUCAAGUCGCCCGUGAUUUUCAAGUAGGUGAACAAGUUGCAACUCUUGGGACAUCUUUAUUCUUAUUUGGCUUUGGACUUGGACCUCUUCUUUGGGCUCCUCUAUCCGAAGUAUUUGGCCGCAGGAAUGCUGUUAUGCCGCCCAUGUUCGUGUCGGCUUGUUUUCUCUUUGCCUGUGGAUCGGCCAAAGACCUUCAAACCAUCAUGAUCACUAGAUUUUUUGCCGGCUUCUUUUCCGCGGCCCCCGUCACCAACACUGGCGGUGUUCUGAGCGACCUUUUCCCAUCCUCCCAACGGGGUAUCGCCAUCGCAGCGUAUGCCAUGGCUGUGGUCUUGGGCCCUGCCUUUGGACCCAUCGUCUCAUCUGCGUUGGUUGUUCAACCGUCUCUGCGAUGGAGAUGGACCGAAUAUUUCACUGGCAUCAUCCAGCUCGUCGUUCUCUUUGCAGACAUUAUCAUUCUCGACGAAUCAUAUCCCCCGAGGCUGUUGGUUUACAAAGCCCGCCGUUUACGCCAUCAAAGCGGGAACUGGGCUCUCCACGCCAAAUUCGAGGAGUGGGAUGUAUCGAUCAAGGCUUUGGCAGCAAAGUUUCUGGUUCGGCCCUUCCAAUUGUUGGCAACUCCUAUCUGUGCAUUGAUAGCGCUGUACGCAAGCUUUUGCUAUGGUAUUCUCUACAUGCAACUUGGUGCUAUUCCAAUCAUAUUCGGCGAAGGUCGUGGGUGGCCGCAGGUGGUAGCAUCACUACCAUUCUUGUGCAUAUUCAUUGGUGCAUCUAUUGGAGCGGCGAUCAAUGUAUUCAACCAAUUUCGAUACAACAGACUUAUUGUAGAAACGGGCAAAUCCGUCCUUCCCGAAGCUCGUCUACCACCUAUGGCAUUUGGCUCUUUCUUGUUCUCAGGGGGACUCUUUCUCACGGGAUGGACCGCUGAUCCUAGAUACCCAUGGAUCGCACCAUGCAUUGGUAUUACCUUGGUGGGUGUGGGCUUUUUCACAAUAUUCCAGGCAGCCUUGAAUUACCUGGUCGACACAUUUCAGAAAUACGCUGCAAGCGCAGUGGGUGCAAACACUUUUCUCCGUUCUUGCUUUGCUGGAGCAUUCCCACUUGUGAUCGGUCCUCUUUAUCACAAUGUGGGCAUCCCUUGGGGCACCAGCAUAUUUGGAUUCUUUGCAAUGGCCAUGAUCCCAGUUCCAUUUUUCUUUAUGGCAUUUGGAGAAAAGAUUAGAAUGAAGAGCAAGUGGAGUCGCAUAUAG